AUGGCCACCUCCGUGCAUCCACUCUUGAUAAGCUUGCCCCUCGCCAUUCUUCUUGGUUUGACAUGUCUGGGUGGACUGAGCUCUUGGCCGUCAGGUCAAGCUUUGGCCCAGGACUCCACCAUCAACCAGACCACACAGCCGUCUAUGAUUCCAGAGGCGGCGCUGGCAACGCCCAUGCCAGAUGUGGAGGACAAAACAGCCCCAUCUAGUGGCAACCGUUGCUGGGGUUACUAUGAUGUCAUGGGCCAGUGGGACCCACCCUUCAACUGUAACGCAGGUAUCUACCUGUUCUGUUGCGGCUCCUGCUUCUACCGCUUCUGCUGCCAGUUCAAAAUCCACAGUUUGGAUCAGACUUCCUGUUCUAACUAUGACACGCCUGUCUGGGCAAACACCGGGCGGCCGGCGGCACCCGUCACGGAGGUCCAGGAGGAGCCGGACAAGGAUCGGACCCACAUGAUCGUGUAUAUUAUCUGUGGAGUGGUGGCCAUCAUGGUGUUGGUUGGGAUUUUCACCAAGCUCGGGCUGGAGAAGAGUCAAGGAGGACAGACGGACAUGACCAACUCCAGGACUCUGACAGAGCUCAUGAAGCAGCCAGGGGAGGCAGGAGUGGUGGACGGAACCGGGGUUCAUCAUCCCAUAGGGACCAACGGCAUCUCUGCCAGAUCACUACGAUCCAACAAUGAUCAUAACCAUCUGAACAACGCAGCCUUGUCUCCCCUGGGUCCAGCCAUGGCCUUGUCUCACCCUCACAACAACCUGGGAAUCGGCUUCAACAAGUACACCUCGCUCAAGGCCGUGGACACGACUGCACGAGACUACUACAAAAGUUACCCAAUGGUAGAUUACACCCACCGCCAGUCCCCUCCCACAUUCCAGCCAAUCAAUUUCCACCCCAAAGACAAGCCCUUCCUCCCGCCACCCGACAUCCAUGCGCCACUCGCCAUCACCAUCAACGCCUCCCAGAUCCCCAAGCCUAAAAUCUCCAAAACCAACACCCACCCACUAACCUCCAGCUCGGCCUUCAAAGCAUGGGACCCCAGUAAGAGCCACAUCCAGCACCCGGUGGCCUCCCAUAUGACCCUCCAGGGGCCGCAACACCACCCCAUCCAGCAGCAGCAGCACCAGGCGCUGCACCAGCAGAACAGCCGGCGCCAGGCUUACUCCAACAAGAGGCAGUUCAGCAUUGAGACGCUGCCCGAGCUCUUCUCGCAGCCGCUGGGCUACGGCCACUCGCCACACAUGCACCCCAAGCACAAGGGACUGCCCACCAACAGCAAGACAGAGGUCACAGUCUGA